AUGAUUCGAGAACAUCUUCAGGUUCAAGAGCGUCUUCAGGUUGACGAAAAGGUCCUUGGCCUUUCUCCCGAAAAUCUUUCUCAAAACUCUUCAUCACCUGAGACUCUAAGCGACAUUCGAGUGCCUCUUGGUGUCGAGGCUCUCGAACCCUCAUUCUCUCUUUCUGCCCAUCUUCGCUCUGUCGAAGUCAACGUCUCAACAAUACGAGAUGAAGCAGACAAAUUCCUGUCGCCAUUCAGUUGGUCAGGUCGGAAGAAGGUCAUCACUCUACUGGGACCCUUCAUGGCAUCGACCCUUGCGGCAUACGCAGCUGGAGCCUACGCUCUAGCUUCAGAACCCCUUCGUGCGAAAUGGAACACCAGUGACACACUCUUCAACAUCGGAAUAUCUCUCUUUGUGGUCGGCUUUGCCUUUACUCCCAUGAUUCUCGCUCCCAUCAGCGAAACGCACGGCCGAUACUGGACCUUUGUUGGCUCUGGCGUCGUUUUCCUUCUCGGGACUUUGGGAUGCGCUGUGACGGAAAGCUACGCCAACCGCAUGGACAGAACAGUUCGGCUCACCUAA